UGUAUCACCUUUCGUUGACAAAAAAAAAAAAAAACAAUGAAUCACCUUUCUCAUUUAAAAAUAAUAAAAAUAAUAAGAAAUAUAAGUAUUGUAGAAUUUUAAUAAGCCACUACGGCCACAUAAGAAUUUGAUCCCACACCUUUGUGACAACGCCUCGGCGCUCUGGAACUUUCUCGUCGCAACAUUCUCUUGACUGGCUCAAGUUUGACCUCCUGUUAAUCGUUCACUGUUUCAGUAGCCAUGGCAAAGCAUCACCCUGAUCUGAUCAUGUGCCGGAAACAACCCGGCAUUGCCAUCGGACGACUGUGUGAGAAAUGCGACGGGAAAUGCGUGGUGUGUGAUUCUUACGUGCGUCCCUGCACUCUGGUGCGUAUUUGCGACGAAUGCAACUACGGGUCGUUCCAAGGACGGUGUACUAUUUGCGGAGGGGUUGGGAUCUCGGAUGCUUACUACUGCAAAGAGUGUACGCAGCAGGAGAAAGACAGAGAUGGUUGUCCCAAGAUUGUCAACCUUGGGAGUGCCAAGACGGAUCUCUUCUAUGAACGUAAGAAGUAUGGAUUCAAGAAACGAUGAAGAUGUAUUGGUUUGCCCGAUUGCUGGAUCUCUUAUGCUAUGUCUGUUGCAUGAUAAAACUAAUAUGUAUUGGGUAUAAAAAACCCAUACAUUAUGCUUUCUUUUUCUUGAUAAUCUAGACUUUAUUGGACUUA